AUGCUCUGUUUGGAUCUACGAAUAACUGCUUUCUUCUUGUGCGUUCAUAUUGUCAGUUCAAUCAGCAUAGACAACGAUAUCAUUGGCGAACCAGAUAUUGAAUGUCUUGAAGACGAAAUAAGAAUAUGGGUGAAAACCAGGAAGAUUUUUGCUGGGCGAAUUUACGCUAAAGGAAAAGCAGAUGUCGAUGAAUGCAACAAAGAUGAUUUUGUUUCGGAGAGAACGAAGAAGCCCCACUUCGAUCUGAAGUUUGGGGUGUGUGGAAUGAAAAGCCUUCGAUCGGUUGAUCCUAGAGGAAUGUAUUAUGGUAUAACUGUAGUUGUUUCGUUCCAUCCAUUGUUCAUCACAAAAGUUGAUCAAGCGUUCCAUGUAAAAUGCUUCUUCGAAGAAGCGAACCGAGGCUUAACGGCAGAGCUGGGAGUCAGUAUGAUCCCGACAACAGAAGUCGAGGCUCGUCAUGGAAUUCCGGGCUGUUCCUAUACAAUACAUAGAAGUUCUAUUGAAGAUUUGGAUGCUGGAAAUCCAGCCGGUCCGCCGAUCCAAUUUGCUCGCGUAGGAGAUCGAGUUCUCCAUCAAUGGCAUUGUAACGACAAAAUGUUCGGAGUUCUAGUUAACAAUUGUUAUGUAACAGACGGAUUCGGCAAGAAAGCGGAUGUUAUCGACUCGAAUGGAUGCGCUAUUGACCCGAUUCUGAUCACUGGAAUCAGAUAUUCAUCAGAUUUGCAGAGAGCCUAUGCUGAAUCUUCAGUGUUCAAGUUUGCCGAUAAGCCUGGUGUGUGGUUCUUCUGUCAAAUACAGAUGUGUAUGAAGAAAUCAGGAAUGUGUCAAGGAAUAACGCCUCCCUCGUGUUCUUCAACAGCUGCACCUCUGAUAGAAGGAGAGAACAGCGAAUUUUCUUCGUUACCCUCGUCUAGAAAUUCUUUAGGAGAGAAUACUGAUUACUUUGACAAACCGACACAAGGCAGAAUUCCUAAAACAUCCAAAGGACCUCAGAGUACCAGUAAUAACGAAUACUCCGAUUACACUGAGGAAAAAGAUCUCAAACUACACAGUCCUGAUUCGACUUCGUAUAACUCUGUUACUCCGGCAGUUGAUUAUGAGCUUCAAACGGAAGCUGUCACUGUGUUUGGUCCAGCUUUCAGUGAUUCAUCUCCCACCUCUAUACUGCCUCAUACCUCUGAGAGUGUUUCACAAACAUUUGAAACUGAAGAUGAUUUAACUACAAACGAAUUCUCAACUACUGCUAUUCCGAAAUCUGGAAGCUCAAAAAGUUCCGGUAGUGAUUAUAACGAUUACGAUGAGAUAACCAUCCCACCAAAUCUAUCUGAUUUACUCGAUAACCUACCAGAUGACUUAUCUGCUGACUCAUUACAGAAAAUGUUCAGAGAUUCUGUAGAUGACCGUAAAGCGUUAUUGGAUGGAUUUGAAAUGUUGAAACGUCAAAUGAAGAAAAAGCCUACCAGACGAACAAGACCGAUGAGAGAUUUGAGACCUGGAGACUUGCGAUCAGGAGACAAAAUAGAUCAGAUAGUUGUUGACUGGACUUCAAAACGUCGAAGAGACUCCCCGAUUAUCGAUGAUGACAUUCACCACAGAGUAACAAAUCAAAGACACGAUGUGCUUGGAACAGAAAAGCCAAUGAUAUCCGGUCAAUUGAUGAUUUUCGAUUUGGACGAAACACCUCCUCCAGACUUGUUCCCCAGAGAAGCUCAAAAAGAUUCUAAUGAUUCAACAUCAAUUUGUGCUGUUUCUCGAAAUGGACUUGUAGCCAUUGCCGGAGGACUAGGAUCAGUCUGUGCAGCCUUAUUCAUCAUCACAUUAACCUUAUAUAUCAAACUGAGUAGAAAAAGUGGUAAGUAA